AUGCUAAUAAAAAUUGUUAGCGGGGGGCAAACUGGUGUUGAUAGAUCUGCUCUGGAUGUGGCUAUUGAAUUGAAUUAUAAGUAUGGUGGAUGGUGUCCUCGUGGUAGAAAGGCUGAAGAUGGAAUUAUUGAUCCUAUUAAAUAUGCAAAUCUAGAAGAAACAUUGUCAAAUAAUUAUCCACAACGAACAGAAUUCAAUGUACGAGAUUCAGAUGGAACUCUAAUUAUUAUCCUUGGAAGUAAUGAUACAAUGGGUCGGGGUUCAAAAUUGACAGUACAUAUGACGAAAAAAUACGAAAAACCUUUAUUGAUAAUCAAUCUGAACCAAGAAGACAACGGUGAAAAUGAAGCUAAAGUGAUCGAAUGGCUUUCCGCGAACAAAAUUAAAAUAUUAAACGUUGCUGGACCACGAGAAGAAACAACGCCUGGAAUAUAUAAACAAGCAGAACAAUUUUUAAGAAGUUUAUUGCAGAAAAUAAAGUCUUAA